AUGGACCAAAACCCCGAAGUCAUCCAGGCCCACGCCGGAGACCAUUACACCACCCCCGUCUUCCUCAUCCACGAUGGCGGCGGUACCACCUUCGCCUAUCACUGCUUAGAUCCCCUGGAUCGGCCUGUCUACGGCAUCUCCAACCCUUAUUUUCACACUGGCGAGGGAUUCGAAGGUGGCAUCUGUGGCAUGGCGCGGCUCUAUGCGGGUAUCAUCAGACUAGCCGCUGCCAACCCUGACUUCCCUGCAGAACGCGAUUCCGGUGGGAGGGCGAACAUCCUGAUUGGAGGGUGGAGCCUGGGUGGCCUUUUGGCUCUCGAGGUUGCCAAGAUCCUGACUGGGGAUCGCGGCGUCAGGAUCAUCGGCGCCUUGAUGAUGGACAGUAUUUAUCCCGUCAAUCCACCGUCCAUGGUUCGAUUGGGCGCCUUGGACGACAUGGCAGCCGGAGAAAAGUCCAAGAAUGAGCUUCUCACCCUGCAGGCCAUGAAAGAGGCGUUGCGGGUAAUCCAGAAGUGGACGCCGCCCGUCUGGGCCGGAACUGAGGUCCGGCCACGGUUCUCGUUGCUGAGAGCCCUUGACGCCAUGCCGGCGACAGGCAUCGAUGGCGUGCAUCCUGCAGAUAUUCACCGGAGCGACCCCACCCUGGGGUGGGACGCAUAUGACACGAGUCUAUUCACAGACGUUGAGGGCGUGCCAGGAACACAUUUCGAGAUGUUCUCAUUUCAACACGUUGAGGGACUUUCAAAAGCAGUCAAAAGGUGCCUCGAUAGAUUGGACCUCUUGUAUCGUCUGUCUCAUUCCAGGGGCAAUUAG